CUAGCUCUUGCUUCCUUUGCUCACUUCCUAAUAAACACAUUCUUCUUCUUCUAGUUAUCACUCCCAAUCAAACACCCCACGAGCCUCUUCCAUCAUAUUUUCAAUCCUUAUCUCUCAGCAUCAACAAACAAAACCUCCCCACUCUUCAAUUAUUUCACACACACUCUUUUUUCUCAUAGAGACAUUUUCACAAACACAUAGUGUGCUCUUUCAGAACACGGUGGCCAAGAACCUCAACCACCGCCACCAUGGCCCUCGAAACCCUCCUUGUGAAGGUGAAAGCCGCCAUCUCAAACACCGUGCACCCGCCGAAGCUCCUCCUGAAGAAGAAGCCAUCGUUCAAAUCCCGACGAAACGUCGGCGUUUUAGCCUUCGAGAUGGCCGGAGUGAUGUCGAAGCUUCUCCACCUCUGGCAGUCGCUCUCCGACGCCACCAUCGUCCGCAUCCGAAACGACGCCGUCACGCUCGAGGGCGUUCGGAAGAUCAUCUCCAACGACGAGUCGUUUCUUCUCGGACUCGCCUGCGCCGAGUUCGCCGAGACUCUCCGACUCGCCGCCAACUCGGUCACCCGACUCAGCCACCGCUGCGAUGAUCCCAACCUCAGAUCCUUCCGUAAAGCCUUCCUCGAGUUCGCCGACUCGGGUCGUGAUCCAAACGGGUGGGCCCUCUCCGUUGUGAAGGAAACCGAAGCCAAGCUGAGGAAGAUGGAGCGUUUCGUGACGCUCACGGCAGCGCUGCACCGUGAGAUGGAGGAGCUUUCGGUUUUGGAAUCUGGGUUGAAGAAAGUUCUUAACCAUUACAGUGAUCACAGUGAAGCUUCUUCAUCUGGGAAAGAGCAGAAGGUGUAUGAUCUUCAGCAGAAGAUUUUCUGGCAGAAACAAGAGGUGAAGGAUUUGAAAGAGAGAUCCUUAUGGGGUAGAAGCUUUGAUGGUGUUGUUGUUUUGCUUGUGAGGUUCAGUUUCACUGUUUUGGCAAGGAUUAAGGUUGUGUUUGGGAUUGGUCACUCUGUGCCAUGUUUGUCUAGGAGUUUAUCAGCUUCUGCUACUGUUUAUCCCACUGAUCAGAACCCUGCUAGUGGUUGCAAUUUGGCUUCUGGGGCAUUGGAAAGGUUAAAGAUUGAAGGGAAGGAAAAAUUGGGGAGUGGGUUUUUUGAGUCUAACUCUGAGCUUUUGAAGCCACCACCUAGUACAUUGGGUGCUGCUGCUUUGGGUUUGCAUUAUUCCAAUUUGAUCAUUGUGAUGGAGAAGAUGAUUAAGUCACCACAUUUGGUUGGUUUGGAUGCUAGGGAUGAUUUGUAUGCUAUGUUACCAAGUAGUAUAAGGUCAGCUUUGAGGGCUAGGUUGAAAGGGGUGGGGUUUUCUGCUAGUGAUCCUGUGCUUGCUGGUGAGUGGAGGGAUGCAUUGGGGAGGAUAUUGGGGUGGUUGUCACCAUUGGCACAUAAUAUGAUCAAGUGGCAGAGUGAAAGGAGCUUUGAGCAGCAAAACUUGGUGCCUAAGACCAAUGUGUUGUUGUUGCAAACUUUGUUCUUUGCAAACAAGGAGAAGACAGAGGCUGCUAUAACUGAGUUGCUUGUGGGGUUGAACUAUAUUUGGAGGUUUGAGAGGGAAAUGACUGCUAAGGCAUUGUUUGAAUGUGCUAAUUUCAAUGGAUUGUUAAAGUUGCAAAAUCCCAGUUAGUUAAUGAGAUGGGUUUCUUGAUCAUUUUUCAUUUUCUUCUUCUGUUAUCCUCCAUGAAUAGGGGUUCUAAUUUUGUCUUGAAAUUUGAUGAUGGUUGGUUUUAGAUAAAUUGAACUAAGUUCAGGUUCUUCAGGGUUUGUUUUUGCUUCUGAUUCAGUUCAAUGUAAAUGGGGUAUAGCAUCAUGUAAAUGAUAUAUUGUGAUUUUUUAGUGAAAUCUAGAUCAAAUGCACUGGCUUUCAUUA